GCCUAUUGCGGGGGCUGGGAAGGGGGCAAAGCCCACGGGCACGGCAUCUGCACCGGCCCCAAGGGCCAGGGCGAGUACUCGGGCUCCUGGAACUACGGCUUCGAGGUGGUGGGCAUAUACACGUGGCCCAGCGGCAACACCUAUGAAGGCUACUGGUCCCAAGGCAAGAGGCACGGCCUAGGAAUCGAGACCAAAGGACGGUGGGUUUUCCAUGGCUGUAAGGGACGGUACGGUGCGAGGCAGAGCAUGAGCAGCGGAGCCAAGUACGAAGGUACCUGGAAUAAUGGCCUGCAGGAUGGCUACGGCACCGAAACAUACGCUGAUGGAGGCACGUACCAGGGCCAGUUCACCAACGGCAUGCGGCACGGCUACGGCGUGCGGCAGAGCGUGCCCUACGGCAUGGCCUCGGUGGUGCGCUCCCCGCUGCGCACAUCCCUGUCCUCGCUGCGGAGCGAGCACAGCAAUGGCACCCUGCCGCAGCAGGACUCGCCCGCCACCAACGCCGAGAGCCUGACCCUCUCACCCACCCCCACCAUCACCCGCGGCGGCUUCGCCCUCAGCCUCUAUGCAGAGGUGGAUGCUGGCAAGCCCAAGAAGGGGGGGCUCUUCCGCAGGGGCUCUUUGCUGGGGAAGCUGAAGAAGUCCGAGUCCAAGUCAUCCCUGGCCAGCCAGAAGAGCCGUGUCAGCUUCCUCAAGAGCGAGAGUUGGAUCAGCGAUGCCACCUCCACCGUCAGCCUGGGCGAGGGUGCUGAGGGUGAGGAGUACUCCCCCUUUGAGUCCGACAUCGAUGCCACCACCACGGAGACCUACAUGGGCGAGUGGAAGAACGACAAGCGUGCCGGCUUUGGCGUCAGCGAGCGCUCCAGUGGGCUGAAGUACGAGGGUGAGUGGCUGGAAACCCCGCGGCAAGGCAAUAUCGCGGACUAGAAGGAGGAGGGCAAGUACCGCCACAACGUCCUCGUCAAGGGCAUGAAGAAGCGUGUGAUACCCCUCAAGAGCGCCAAGAUCCGGCAGAAGGUGGACAGGAGCGUGGAGGGGGCUCAGAGGGCUGCAGCCAUCGCUCGGCAGAAGUCGGAGAUUGCGGCGUCCAGGACGGCUCAUGCCAAAGCCAAGGCUGAAGGGUCUGAGCAGGCAGCUCAGGCAGCUAACAACGAAUCGGGCAUAGCCAGAAUGAUGGCCAGGGAGCUCUCCCCAGACUUCUACCAGCCAGGCCCCGAGUACCAGAAGCGGAAGCUGCUGCAGGAGAUCAUGGAGAACGCGGAGCACGCCAUCAACAUGGAGGAGGAGGCUCCUCGGCCCGAGGGG